UUAGGAGCGGAGUUUGUGGUUAGGAGCGCGCGCCAAGUAAGACUCUACCCGGCACCCAAAUGAAUCCAGAUGAAGAAAAUUUUGAUGAUGACAAUGUCGAUGAUGACAUUGAUGAUAUUCCACCAGCACCGGGUGUCGGACGCGGACGCGCUCCACGUAGACGUAGAUUACCCCGCCGCGUUGUUCGGAAUCGAUGGUUGGAGGGUAUGCCCAAGUCUCGAACCGUAGAUGGUGUGGAAGAGGAGUACGACUCCUACGACGACGAUGAUGACCACGAGGACGAGGAAAUUGCCGAUAUUGCACUUCUAGCUCCUCAAAAUGAAUUGUUGGUUGACCGGCAUGGUAGACCCAUCAUCAUGCCAUAUACCGCCACAGAUUUGCAACCCCAAAAUCCGGCGAAUAAGGCAAUCAAUAAUGCAUUGAAAUCCAAAUUCCAGGCUCCAUAUCUCAAUUGGACGGAGGUCAGGGCAGAUGAGCGUGGAUAUCAACAAUUUUGGAAUGGCUUCAGGUCGCAAGUAACUUGGCUGAAUCACCACACAGCGGCUAUUGAGCGUAUAUUCAACAAAAAAGCCACCAAGCGUCUGUCGACCUUACUUUUUGAAGCGCGGAAAAAGAUUAAAAAGGAUCCUUCAAAACCACCACUUUGGCUCGCUGGCAAUUCAUACCCUAUGCUGUGCCGCAGAUGGGAAGAGGAAGAGUAUAUUGCAAAGUGUAUAAAGAACAAAGCCAACAGAAAUACUGAUGAAGCCAAUCGUGCGUGCGUACACUCUGGAGGGUCUAAAUCUGCCGGAACGCUUCGUCUUGAGUUCAUCCAACAAUUUGGUCGUCCACCCACCUUUAUGGAGAUGAAUGACAUGAUGCACCGGUAUGCAGAUUCCGGUCAGUGGACGGGGGCAAGGGCGCAAGAAGUGUCGAGGUUGACGCAAAUUUGGGUUGAAGAAUAUAAUGCAAGCCAACUACGACUACCACCUCAUAGGCGAGAUAAUGAGGAUGUUCGUCGAAACAAGAUGUCGUUGGCUUUUGUUAAGAAUGCUGGUGGUGCGACUCGAGGUCGCAAAUUCGCUGCUGGGUGUACAUCUUCUCUAUAUGCAAGUGACCCAACUGGUUUGAGAGAUGUCACUUACACAUCUUCAUCUUCAUCGAGUACAGGACGCUCUCGUCCAACUCAAAGAGAGGAAACCGAUGAUGAGUAUGAAGCGCGAAUGAGGGCCACGUAUAGAGAAGAAUUCCGCGAUGAGUUCGAAGCAUCAUUUGAUGACCGGGUGGACCUACGGGUCCAACAUAUAUUGCAGGAAUUCUUUGCGCAGCAGAGGGCGCCGGCGGGGGGGGGGGGGGCUGUUAAGGGACAAGAUGAUAUUUGCAAGAGCUGGGGAAGAGUAGUGCGGCGCUGCAUGCAUUUCCUAAAGGAAAACCCUAGAUUAGACAUUAGAUGGGUUCAAAGAAAGGCAAACCAAGCUGCUCAUGAAAUGGCUAAAUGGGCCAAAAUUGAGCCCUAUAAGAAAUGGACCACUAACAUCCCCUAUUGUGUUUGGCUUGUUAUCCAAAAAGAUAAAGGCAGUGUAAUUUCUAUUCAAGUUGAAUAA